AUGGGUGAAAUGGAGAAGAUGAAAAAGGAAGCUGAAACUCUGAAGACACAGAUCGAGGCUGCGCGCAAAGCAGCUCAUGACACAGACUUGGCCGCUGCUGCUUCUGGACUGUCCACUACACCCACCAUACAGCUGAAGACCAGGAAGACACUGAAAGGUCACUUGGCUAAAAUCUACGCCCUGCACUGGGCCACAGAUAGCAAGCUAAUGGUCAGUGCCUCACAGGAUGGAAAACUCCUUAUUUGGGAUACACACUCAGGAAACAAGAUUAACGCGGUUCCUCUGAAGUCCUCCUGGGUGAUGACCUGUGGUUAUUCCCCUUCUGGAAACUUUGUAGCCAGUGGUGGACUUGACAACAUGUGCACCGUAUACAACUUGAAGACGCCUGUUGUUAAGAUCGUGAAAGAAUUAGACGCACACACAGGUUACCUUUCCUGUGCCCGCUUUCUCGAUGACAGUGAAAUCCUCACCUCCUCCGGCGACACCACCUGUGCACUGUGGGAUAUAGAGACCGGAAAGCAGAAGACAGUUUAUCUUAACCAUGUGGGUGACUGUAUGUGUCUGGCUUUAUCCCCUGAUAUGAACAUGUUCAUUUCUGGAGCUUGUGACUCGUUGGCUAAACUGUGGGACAUCAGGGACGGAAAAUGCAAACAGACGUUCCAAGGUCACACCAGCGACGUAAAUGCUAUUGCUUUCUUGAAUAAUGGAAAUGCUUUCGUGACUGGCUCAGAUGACUGCACCCUCAAAAUGUUCGACAUCCGCUCCGAUCAGGAAGUGAUAUGCUACGAGGAUGGCCAGAUGAACAGCGCUGUGACAUCACUGGCCCUGUCAAUGUCUGGCCGCCUGAUAUUUGCUGGAUAUGACAACUUUAACUGCAACAUCUGGGACUCACUAAAGGGCGAUAAAGUCGGAGUGUUGUCUGGACAUGACAACAGAGUGAGCUGCACUGGAGUACCACUGGACGGCAUGUGUGUGUGCACUGGCUCAUGGGACAGCUUUCUAAAGGUCUGGAACUGAUCUGGUCCAACUACCCCAAACAAGGGCAAAUGGAAAAACAGGAUAGAGUCGAAGGGGAGAUGUAGAUAGACAAGGAAAGAGUCAUGAAAAAGAUCAUGGCAGACAUUAAUGUCACAAAAACCCUUUCUCUCCCUGUCUCUCUCUCCCUUUCUCCCAUCUAUGAAUACUGGGAAAUUAAUGAAGUAAUAGAAAUGUCCAGUCAAAUACCGUAAGAUAGCAUAAAAACCCGAGAGGUAAACUGUAUUAUCAUCUGAUGACCAAGAUCUAAACUAGUAUAGAGUUAGUCUAAUGUAAGGAAAUAGGAUUGAUUGAUUGAUUGAUUGAUUAAUACUAUACUUGUUAAAACUGAUAGAUUUUUGGAAAUUAAAAUAAAAACCUAUAGACAUUGUUACAGACUUAGAAGUUUUUAUGUAUAUAAUAAAUUACCGGAAACUUGCAGAGUUAAUAUAGAGUGAUUUCUGUCACGCCCACAAUGUCUGUGAUUUUAUUCGUGACUCGUCUGGGCCUUUUGUCUUUAUUCAGGUGAUGUGAUCUUUAAUAAAACAUUCAGUCAGUUACUUUCUUUAGCUUCCAGAUGCAACGUCAUGUAUAGGACAAAAUACUUGUUACAUGGUCAUUUUCAUCCAAUUUCACACCAGCAUUAUGUAGUUCUCAUACACUGACACAGGGUUUCUUAAACUAUCAUUAAAAUGGCUGCUGAAAACCUUCUAAUAAACUUAGAAUUCUGCAUUAAACACUAUGUGCA